CUGCUUAUAUACCGAAAAUAUGGAUCCAAGAAUUUGGUGGACCUUCUGUCGAAGUUGGGAUUGAGUGCCUCUUAUUACGAGGCUCAGCGGCUAGAGCUCUCCACCAUCCACCAUACGGAAGAGCCUAUUCCAAUUGGAACUUUUAUUCAGUUCGUCUUUGACAAUGCUGACUUCAAUGUAUCCACUCUCGAUGGCCGGAAUACCUUCCACAGCAUGGGAGGUAUCAAAUGUAUUACACCGGCCAACACUCUUCAUGCAUCCACAAAUGUCAAAAGGUUGAAUUCUGCUCCUCCCCAGGAAGAAGUGGGCCAGCUGGGAGUUCUGGAGGUGCAUACAUUAGAGGGUAGGGGAACCAACGCAUUACAGCAAAUGAUCAUAGAAGACUUGAGCUUUCUGAAGCCCAUCCCUUCUGACAUAUUCACACCCACUAUUCAAGAUCUCUUGUGGAUGAGUGGUAAGUGGCUCCAGGAGGUGGAACCUACUUUGGAGGUGCCUAACAUUCCAGAAUGGAAAGGUUUUAUGCAUUUGACAAGUAAAUUAAUUAACAAAGAAACAACUUCGGUAACUUUUCUUCCAUUUAUCAAUUCUCCACCAAAUGAGUACAGCACUAUACGCACAGCCUUACAGUAUGCUUUAAAAAAGAGUCAGGAGGUAGGAGUCACCGUUUGUUUCGUAACUUUCGACCAGCCUUUGUAUUUAAAGGCCAGGGAAAUCAGCUUUGGGAGCAUUAUGGUGAGACUUGGUGGGUUUCACUUACUGAUGUCCUUUUUGGGUUGCAUUGGCCACACAAUGGCUGGAUCAGGACUGAAAGAUGUAUUAUGCCAAAUUUUUGCUCCUAAUUCAGUUGACAAGAUGUUAACAGGACAUGCCUACAGCCGAGCCGUUCGAGGACAUUUGCUUGUUCAGCUUGUUUUAGCUCAUAUUAUUCUGGAUGGAGCCAAUGUAUCAGAAGAAGAGAAGAAGGACAUCUCGACUAUGUUGAUUAACAUGGAAGAAUUUACUCCAGAUAAAGUUAAAGAGAAUGCUUCCUUGAUGUCAACUUUGAAAAAAUUUCAGUACCAUCUCGAGACCCUUAAAGAGAAUGGGCCUACCGCUGCUUUGUGGGUGCAGUAUUUCAAUAUGGUUACACUCAUGAAGAAGUACAUUAAUUUUGAGCGUUGUGGUGAUUGGGACGGCCACUUGGCGUGUGUACAACAGAUAAUCCCAUUCUUCCAUGCAAGUGGACACUUCCAAUACGCGAAAUGUGCCCAUAUCUACGUGCAAGACAUGAUGCAACUGAAGAACAGCCAUCCCCAAACGUACAAGGAAUUUGCAGAAAAAGGCUUCUUCACCAUUAAUCGCACAGGCACACCUUGGGCAGGAGUUUGGUCGGAUAUGGUAAUAGAGCAAACUCUCAUGCGCUCCAUGAAAAGUUCAGGUGGCCUGACGCGAGGAAGAGGAAUUACUGAUUCUGUAUUGGCCAAAUGGGUUUGCGGAUCACCGGGAUGCACCGCCAUCUGCACUUCAUUGGAGGAGUUCGCCGAAGUGGUUUUUGCUAGUGGAGAACAGCAUGUUGAUUUCCGGCAGUCACGGCAACAGAGAGAUUCACGAGAUCGAGCUAAGAUUCGGGAAUGGUUUAGUGAACAUCCCCCAUUUCCAAAGUUGAAUUCGCUAAUAUCUCUCUCAACGGGCGUCCUGGGAAAUUCCAAAGUAAACUGCCACCAAGCCCUAGAUAUUGGCACCAAAACGAUGCAAAAUUUCAUUGGCAGAAGAUUCAGUGACAUGAAGCAGUCUAAGAAGAAUGUGGUUUUGUCACUAGCCAGUAUGAGUAGUAGCAUUAAAAUCAAUGGUGAGACAGUUACUGUUAACCCUUUAACUAUUUUCCAAAGAACUGUCAUAGCAAAAAAGAAUGACGAAGAUGUUGCAGACCUUUUGACUUAUGAAUUAACCCCAUUCCCCAUGUCUCUGUUCCACGAGGGUGUGAUGCGAAAAGGGAAGAAGUCAUCCCUCUACGAUGUUUUGCCAGUAGAGAAUAACGCAGCUCUCGAUCUCAACCAAACCACCAAUGUGGUAGAUGGUGGUUUCCUACUACACCGUAUGAAAUGGAAACCGUCCUCCAGCGUUUCUUCGAUUUGCCAUCAGUACAUUACCUACGUACAGAAACAUUACAAUACAAAUUGUAUGGUGGUUUUUGAUGGUUACAGUGAUGUCAACAGCACAAAACGAGCAGAGCAGAAGCGACGAGGUUUGACUAGAACGUCGGUUGACAUUAACUGUAACGAAAAUACGAUCAUCACUGUUCAACAGGAGCAUUUCCUUGCCAAUGAAAACAAUAAAACUAGGCUGAUUCAGUUCCUCACCGAGAAAAUGACAGCAGCAGGGAUUGAAACAACUGUUGCAACAGGAGAUGCUGAUGGUACUAUUGUCAGCUGCGGGUUGGAUAAGGCUGCCGUUCAUCCAACUGUUGUAAUAGUUGGGGAGGAUGUCGACUUGAUAGUCCUCCUCAUGGGAUUGGCUCCACCAAAUAUCAACGUGUUCUUUAUGAAACCAGGACGUGGAAAGGUGGAGACCAAAUUGUUUUCAGUGCGACAACUUCAACAGCUUGAAUUUGCCAAGUCAAUUCUCCUUCUCCACAGCUUCUCUGGAUGCGACACCACCUCCGCAAUCCAUGGAAAGAGCAAAGUGGGAAUUGCUAAGCUGUUCACGGCUAAACCAGAUCUGACCCAAAACAUCUCAGACAUUUUCAGUGGGCUUUCAACAUCACCUGAAAGUAUUGAACAGGCUGGCGAGAAACUGUUUCUGGCAAUUUACCAAGCGCCUGUCCAGGAACAAAAUCUCAAUAAAUACCGAUACUCAGCUUUUUUGAGAGCAUCGAUGAAGCCGAAAUCAGAUCUGGCCACUCUUCCUCCUACCAGAGGAGCUUCGAAGCAGCACUCAUUGAGAGCGUACUUACAGAUACAACAAUGGCUCGGCAACCCCCUACCACCCACUCAAUGGGGCUGGGCCAGAGGGGACGAUGGCAUCCUAAAGCCGGUGACAACCAAUGAUCCAGUGGCACCUGAGUCCAUUCUCAACACCAUAUUUUGCCGGUGCACGACUGGGUGUGGGGUGCGAUGCGGCUGCCGGAAAGCAGGAAUUGCCUGCUCCAGGGUCUGCGGCGUAUGCUCCGGCUCAUGCACUAACGGAGCCCCCAUCGAAAACACCGUCGACGAUGAUGUUGAUGAUGAUAUUUUAUAUUUAGAAGAUAAUUAG